AUGUUACCAACAGAACUAGUUCGCAAGGACGAGCUUGCCGAUUCAACAACCCUAUUGUCCUUGUCGAACGCGACUCAAGACUGGCUUCUACCAUUUCACUACCAUUCCGUAUCGUUUGCCCGGUCGAAACAGCUUGAAUUGUUCCACAGGAUACACGACGUCCCCGACGCACGAGUCUCCAGACGAUUUGAGCUCGUCCGAAACCUCUACAUUGGCCCCCGACCAGGUCAUCAUGUCGAAUCGGAUUUGCAUUACCAUGGAGGAGAUGCCUGGCCCUUGACCAUCCUUUUCCAACUGUUCCAGAAAUGGACGCGGCUGGAGACGUUGAUUCUGGUCAACCUACCUCAGAGCGACUGGGUGAGACUGGAGAAUGCAAUCCCUGCUUCCUUGAGGCAUCUCACCAUGGGCCCAGUACACGGACCGUUCAUUCCAAGCGACCUCAGAAAUCGUCCUCCCAUCGAAAGCUUUACGAGUAUCGCUACGUUCAUGCGUCUAGAGGAAAUCCAAGACGUUGUGAAUUAUCCGACCUUGAAGACCUUCCGACGCUUGAUCUCAAACCACGACUUUACAGUGUCUGUUAUGGCCCCUUCAGAACUCACCGCCCUCACACUUCCGUCGAGCCUCGAGACAUUCGACGUGAUCAUCGUUGGGAAGGAAGCGACGUCGUCUUUGGAGUCGACAAGGGAAGAGAUCGCUCAGCGGUUGCUGCAAUCACUGGAUGAUUCGAGGGUUCAAGUUCGCUCGAUAGAUGUGCAUGAUCCUCAUUUCCAGGGUCGUUCAGAAGACACUGCAUUCCAGGACCAAGCCCUUGUCGUGGAGCAUUUAUGGCGGAUCCCACUGGCCGAGUUCCUGGGCAAUCGUGAUCGCUACUUCUCCCUCCUCGAUGAGACGCCACGUCAACCCAAAGUUGAAGAGACCCCCUCGACUCCCCUUAGUGAUCCUACUCCUGGAUCAGUAAUCCACUAA